UGAUUCACAGUAUCGACAUUUUUUAUUUUAAGCUCAAAUGAAAGAGAGAAAGAGAAUGCUUGGUAAAGCAGCAAUAGGUGGAAAGUUUGAAUUGGUUGACAGUAACAACAAGGUGAGAACAAGUGAGGAGUUUCUGGGAAAUUGGCUGCUGAUAUAUUUUGGAUUUACUCAUUGCCCAGAUAUUUGUCCAGACGAAUUAGAGAAAAUGGCUGCUGUAAUUGAUAAAUUAGAUGCUUCAGAAGAAAUGCCAAAGAUUCAACCUCUUUUUAUAUCUGUUGAUCCCAACAGAGACACUCCAGAGGUAGUUGGAAAAUAUUGUAAGGAAUUCAGUCCAAGAUUAUUAGGACUUACUGGAAAUGAAAAACAAGUUGGUGAAGCUUGUAAAGCUUAUCGAGUUUAUUUCAGUGCAGGACCGAAAGAUUCUGAUAAUGAUUACAUUGUAGAUCAUACUAUCAUCAUGUAUUUGGUGAAUCCAGAUGGUGAAUUUGUGGAUUAUUAUGGACAAAAUAGGUCAGCAUCAGAAAUAUCUACUUCAAUAAGAAUAAAUGUUAUCAAAUAUAAUGAAAUGAAAAACAGUUGGUUAUAAUUGUAUAAAUAUUUCCAGAUAUCUUUUUAUUUAUAUU